AUGGAAAAGUUUGACGUCGCGAAGACGAGCCCGACGAUGGACCGUCCGAGCACGCCCACGACGUUCGCGAGCGCGCCGGUCGAGGAGAGCGCCAAGGGAACGGCGGAUAAGUUGAAGCUGAAUUUCUACCUCCCGCACGAGGUGGCGCACGACGAGGAGGAGGUGGACAUGGUGCUCGUGCCGGCGACGACGGGGGACUUUGGAAUCUUACCGGGACACGUGCCGACGGUUUCGCAGCUGCGACCGGGGGUGGUGAGCGUGCAUUUGAACGAUAAAGACGUGAAGAAAUACUUCGUCAGCAGUGGAUUCGCGUUCGUGCACGCGGAUUCGACGGCGGAUAUUUGCGCCAUCGAGGCGGUGCCGGUGGAGCAACUCGACGGGGACGCGGUGAGGAAAGGGUUGGCCGAGCAUCAGGCGAAAUUUACGAACGCGAAGGAUGAUUUCGAAAAGGCGAACGCGCAAAUCGGUAUCGAUGUGUGCAACGCCAUGGUGGCUGCGCUCGACGCCAAGUAG